AUGUUUAUUUCUACUCCAUACUUUUGUUUCAUUCCAGUGUCACCACGUGCAAGUAUGGUUGAUAUUCAUCCGAAUGCAACAUGGUCAAAGAAUGGUAUCACUGUUGCUGGAGGAAAUGGAAAUGGCAGUGGAACCAAUCAACUCCAUUUGUCAUGGGGUAUGUACAUCGACGAUGAUCAAACAAUAUAUGUCGCUGAUGGAUAUAAUCACCGUAUUGUGGAAUGGAAAUCUGGUGCAACGAAUGGCACAGUAGUUGCUGGUGGAAAUGGUCAGGGGAACGGAGAUCAUCAAUUAAAUUGCCCAGUAGAUGUGAUUAUUGACGAAAAGAGCGAUAGUUUCAUCAUCUCUGACCGUGAGAAUAAAAGGGUAGUUCGAUGGCCUCGUCGAAAUGGUACUCGAGGAGAAACAAUUAUUUCAAAUAUUUCUUGCAUGGGUUUGACAAUAGACGACAAUGGUUAUCUCUAUGUCGUUGACGGUGGAAAACAUGAAGUAAGACGAUAUAAAAUUGGUGACACUCAAGGCAUAGUAGUUGCUGGUGGUAAUGGAAACGGAACUCGUCUCGAUCAACUCUCUGGUCCCCGCUACGUAUUUGUCGACCAAGAUCAUUCAGUUUAUGUGUCUGACGGGGAAAAUGAUCGUGUAAUGAAAUGGGAAGAAGGUGCAAAACAAGGCGUUGUCGUAGCCGGUGGUCAAGGAAAGGGAAAUAGUCUUACACAAUUGAAUUGGCCUAAUGGAGUCGUUGUCGAUCAAUUGGGCACUGUCUUUGUGGCUGAUCAUUACAAUCAUCAAAUCAUACGUUGGCUAAAAGGAGCCACGCAAGGAAGUAUUAUUAUUGGUGGAAAUGGGAGAGGUGAACGGUCAAAUCAACUUAAAUUUCCCGUAGAUUUAUCAUUCGAUCGACGUGGCAAUCUCUAUGUCGUCGAUAAGGACAAUUAUCGAGUACAAAAAUUUAACAUCGAAUAA